ACUGAUUUACCGAAUACCUAUUGGAAAAGUGAAUUGCAACAUUUUUCUAUCGAUUUGUAGCAGAAAUUUUACAAAACGCAUUUUGUUGUUGCACACUCUCUAACACACUCGUGCACGCACACAAAGAAAACUUUGCGGCUGUGGCCCUAAAUGUGUGUGUGUGUAUGUGUAACCAGCUUGUGCGAUCGAGCGGAACAGGAACAGGAAAAGGAAGUAACUGCUGUUGCAACAUCUGUUGAACACAAAGCAUUUUUGAUUGAGUCAACAAAAGCCACGGCAUAAAAUGGCGCCAUAAACCAAACCAAGUUACGCUCAGGGGAACCUCAGCCGAGUACACACGGACAGCUACACACAGGCAAACAGAGCACCACCCAGUCGAUUGUGCCAAAAACUUUCAACUUAUAAGUUCAAAGCGAAACGCGCAUAGCGUAUACGUCGCGUGCAACCAAGAAACAGCAACCUAAGAUCACUUUGGGGCCAAGCUACUUUAGGCCCGCGUAAAUUGCCUAAUUUUUGCAUUCGCUGUUUGCAACUAGAGUCAAACCAAUGCAUUUAGGCUUUCAAAAUCGCCCCAAGCAACAAGAACAACAGCGCGAACAACAAGAGAAGCAUCAAAAGCGUUUUACGUUUAGUAAACGACGAUGUCAUCAUUACAACGUGAAUGCCGUUUACAGGAUUCACGGGCAUCGGUUUACUGUGCGAGUGAACCGGACCCAAUUAGUCGAGUCCAGUACGAGUCGGGAGGGCUCAUUCUCACUACAACGGCAGCGACACCAACAACGCCACAGGCACAGCCCGCCAGUCGCUCCCAGCCAGCGGAGCCUUCGCUGCUUAACGAAUGCCAGCAGUCAAGUGGCUCCUUGUUUUCCGUGGUCUCGGCGCCGCCAGCGCCGGUUCCAAUGUCGCUGGCCCAGCUUGAUGUACAUACGUUGGGUGGAAGCGGAGCCUUUGAGGGGAUGGCCAAUGUGCAGAACUCGCCGCAGCCGCGUCGUCCUAUCACGCUUUCCAUUGACACACCCUGCGGUCCACGCACCCUCCAUUCCAGCUUCCUGGAACACCAGAUCUCUGAAAUCGAAGAGGACGACAAUGAGAACCUGUUGACCGUCUCUAGCAUUACGGCUCGUCCGCUAAUAGAGAAAUCGCAUGAGUUACGUAGCAGUCGAAAGUUGCCCCCGUGCUCGGCACUUGGCAAAAGCUCAAAGCGCUCUAAUGCUGCCAAGAGGACGCUGCAACGACGCAAAGAGUCAGCCAAAGAUUCAUCGGCGACCACAACGCGCAGUGGCUCAGAGAUUGCAGAGCCACCAGACGGCGGCUAUGGAUGGUUUAUUGUCUUUGGCGCUUUUUCUGUGCAAUUCUGGGUUGCCGGCUUGGUCAAAUCAUAUGGCGUGCUCUAUGUGGAAAUCAUGGAAACAUUUCCCAGUUCAACCGCUACGGUAGCCUCCUGGAUACCGGCCAUAUUAUCGGCACUUUGUUUAGUUUUGGCCCCACUCUCGAGUGCACUGUGCCAACGCUUUUCUUGCCGCUCCGUCGUCUUUGUGGGCGGUAUUUUCUGUGCCCUAGGCAUGAUUCUCAGCUACUUUGCCACCAAUCUGCUACACCUGCUCUUCACCUUCGGCAUACUGACGGGAAUUGGCGGUGGUCUAUCUACCACUCCCGGGAUUGUCAUAGUCUCCCAGUACUUUGACAAGCAUCGCGCUCUUGCCAACGGGAUAUGUGUGUCGGGCACUGCCGCCGGUAGCUUCAUUUUACCCAUUUUGAUCAAACAUCUGGCAGAAAACUGGGGCUUCCAUGGCACCAUUCUUAUACUUGGCGGGUGCAUGUUGCAUGUCUGCGUUUCUGCCACACUUUACAGACCCAUUAGCGAGUAUACCCAUAGCCAACCGGAUGAUGCUACGAAGCCUUUGAAUGACUUGCCCAAUCCUGUAAUGCUGACCUCCUCAACCUAUUUGGAUGCAUGCGAGCUCCCAACAGAUUUGAAUAACAAGUUCAUCGAGCAUUUGUUUCUUGAAAAGAAAAAUCAAUUAAAUGACUACUAUAAUGAAAAGAAUCAAUUGCAGCCAGAUGCUCAAGACAAAUCAGCACAGGAGAGCGAUGACGAAGUCAAAGAUAUAAUAGGCGAGACCACCUUUAUCAAGCCUAUGAAGAAAGUGCGGAGCUCGGGACUCCUGCAUUCUGUGGAGGAUCUGAGCACUGAUUCCACUUGGGUCUAUCGCAAGCAUUCGGGCACUGACUCCAAUCGCGGCAGUCGUCGUCGUCGGAACGUAUUUGCCAAUGAUGAAAUCAUCUCGAAAAUUCAGGCGCAUCUCGAGAAACCGCUGUCGCCCCCAAGCAUAGUUACACGGGGCCUGAGCAAAAGCAUGGAAAUCCCAACACCUGUAAGUAAUCUUAGCGAGCUGAAGCAGACACACGGACAUAUAUUAGAUGGGCAGCUGGCUGAGUCAAACGCAACCUAUAGCGUUGACGUAUUCGAUGACGACAGCAACGAUAAUGAUGACGACGACGAUGGGGACGAACAGCCACGCACCUGCUGCGAACGCAUUGAGAUGUAUCUGGAUAUAAGCUUGCUGCAGGACCCCAGUUUCAUCCUAAUGUGUCUAUCGGUCACCCUCAUGUCCGUGGGUUGUCCCUAUAUGCUGUAUUAUCUGCCCGCUCACACCAUUUCCAUUGGCUAUAACAAAAGUGAAGCUGGUUACUUGGUAGCCAUCAGCGCAGUGCUAGAUUUGUGUGGCCGCCUGGGUCUUGGUUGGCUCUCUGACCUGCAGCUUUUUGAUCGAAAGAAGACCUUCACCCUGUGCAUAUUUGGCGCUGGUCUGGCCGUGCUCACCAUCCCUUUUGCCAGCACCUUGGUUUGGCUUGGCCUCUCUGCUGCAGUCUAUGGCUUGUGUCUGGGGAGCUGGUACGUCCUAAUGCCUGUGCUGUUGGCUGAUAUCUUCGGAACAGACCGCAUCAGUUCCAGCUACGGCUUAGUACGAAUGUUUCAGAGCAUUGGAGCGAUAUCGGUGCCGCCACUGGCAGGUCUACUACGCGACGUUACUGGCGACUACGAGAUUUGCUUUUACUGCAUGGGAUCCUGCAUGAUUUUGGGUUGCACACCAUUAAUAAUUUGGACCAUUCUGGAGGCUCGCGAUCAUCGCUGGUUUGUGCAAAGGAGCGAAGAUGACUGCGAGGAAUCUUAAUCUGUAUUAUUUAUACUCGCACAUAUUGAUUAUUGAUAAAUUAGCUUACAGUUGAGUUACAUAUUUACAUAAUCGGUGUGUUAGCAGUGUUUUAGUAGCGAUUACAAUUACACCAUAGCUUAAUUGCUCUAGCGCGUAAAGUGUCAACAGCAGUACAAAAUUGAGUUCGAAAUCCUCACCGAUGAGGAAUAUUUUCCUAAGUAACAUAACAAUCACAUGCUACUCGCUUCAAUGGAACGUACAAAACAGAAAAAAAUUAUGUGACUUUAAUUUAUGCCUCAAUUGAAUUUCUAUGAACAAGGCUAGCCAAUCUUACAUUAAUUAUUUUGAUUGGCACUAUACAAAACUAUAUACAAAAGCGUGCUUAUUCCAUAUG